AGAUUUGUCGCUGAAGAAGCAUAUGUGCUUCCAUAUUAAAGAAGAUAUGGCUCGUGUUUGUGGAAUAUGUAGCAAACGCUUUCCAAUCAAAAAUUUGCUUGUUGAACACUUGCGUACACAUUCUAACGAUGGCAGGAUACCAUGUGGUCAGUGUGAUAAGAGUUUUAUGUGGUAUCAGGACUUAUUGAACCAUGAACGUUCAUCACAUCUGAAAGAAAAACCAUAUCCCUGCAAACUUUGCGAUAAAUCCUUUCAAACUCAAAAAUCAUUGCGCUUUCACAGUUACAGGCAUUCCGGCGAGAAACCUUAUCUCUGCGACGUGUGUGGAAAAGAUUUUCGGCAGCCAACAGCUAUGAAACAACAUCGAUUAAAACAUUUCAAAGACGAGUUAAGGAAAUCGGGUAUUAUCUAGAAGAUGUCACAUACCUGCAUAAUACAUAUAUCGAUGGUCCUCUGCAAUAACGACACAGUUCAUAUAUUUCAGUAGAGCCAAUUAAAGAUCUG